CCCUGCAGCCCUCGGGCUCGGGGUCCCGCGCGGGCGCGCAUCUCGGCGCCUCCACCCCGGCGCCCUCCAGCAAGGAUCUCAAGUUUGGCAUCGACCGCAUCUUGUCGGCGGAAUUCGACCCCAAAGUGAAGGAAGGCAACACGCUGAGAGACCUCACGUCCCUGCUGGCUGGGGGGCGGCCGGCUGGCGUGCACCUCGCGGGGCUGCAGCCCUCCGCCAGCCAGUUUUUCGCGGCGCUGGAACCCAUGAACGAGGCCUCUGCUAUCCUCAGCCCCUUAAGCUCCAACCCGAGAAAUUCAGUUCAGCAUCAGUUCCAAGACACGUUUCCAGGUCCCUACGCGGUGCUCACCAAGGACACCAUGCCGCAGACGUACAAGAGGAAGCGCUCCUGGUCGAGGGCAGUCUUUUCUAACCUGCAGCGGAAGGGCCUGGAGAAAAGGUUCGAGAUCCAGAAGUACGUGACCAAGCCGGACCGAAAGCAGCUGGCGGCCAUGCUGGGCCUCACGGACGCCCAGGUGAAAGUGUGGUUCCAGAACCGGCGGAUGAAGUGGCGGCACUCCAAGGAGGCCCAGGCGCAGAAGGACAAGGACAAGGAGGCCGGGGAGAAGCCUUCGGGAGGAGCCCCGGGCGAGGGUGACCAGGAGGAGAGGAGCCCUAGCCGCUCCGAGGGUGAGGCGGAGAGUGAGACCAGCGACUCCGAGUCCCUGGACAUGGCCCCCAGUGACACGGAGCGGACUGAGGGGGCCGAGCCUCCUCUGCACCCAGCCACAGUCAUCAAGGCCUCAGCUGCAGCUGCCCUGGUCACGGCUGGCGGCGGCGGCGGUGGAGGCGGCGGCGGCGGCUGCACUUUUGGCUUCAGCAGCCCAGGCAGCCUCGGGGGCACCAGCGCCAGCACCGGCACCAGCAUGGGCAGCGGCACCGCGGAGCUGCUCCCCGAGCCCCAGCCCGAUGGAGGCAGCAGUACUCCCAAAAGCCCUGCACCCAGCCAGGCCCCGCUGGCAGGCAGCUUAUAGAUGGAAGAGGACAGAGGGCCCCGCAGCCCUGAGGGCAGCCCCCGGGCAGGGGCUGGGCUCGGUGUGGAGCUCACGUUGGGGGACCAGACGCGCUGGAGGUGCAGAUGAGCCCCAGCUCCUUCUCCACUGUCACACCUUUGGCUGCUCUUGCACCCUGGGAAGUGUUGGACUAAACUGCCCCUCCUUGCACGCAGAGGGGUCUCGCAUAAAGACACUUGCUGCACUUAGCAAGCCUGAAACGUGUAAAUAAAAUGUUUACUACGGUUUGUAAAA